AUGUCUCCACAAUCGCAGUGGAAUCUUUUGAGUCAUAUGAAGAGUCUCCAUCUGAUAAAUGCCGCAAGAAUGACUGUUCAUCCUGCGGCAUAUAAAGCAGAAGUGCAUGAUUGGUGCGUUAUGGAGGUCGCGACUCAAAGGACAGUUACAUUGCUGGAGAAACAUAGAGUAUUUGGAAUCAAAAUCACUCAAGUCGCUCUCAAGUUCUUGCGGCAUCAGCAAGAUGUACCAUCGCCUCCAUAUUUCGAAGGCUGGGAGAUCCAUCUUUGCCCAAGUCCUAGGUGGGUCCAUGGUUUCCUCUUCCCACAUCAACGAUGGGCCUUGAAGCAUCACUUUUCAAGAGGACGAUACCUGAUCUCUCUAUCCAACACUCCCUUUCCGCUGUAUAUGCUAUCAUUCACGCAAAAGAAGCAAAGCGGAGAGCGCUCCGAGGAGGCUCCGGCCACCAAGGACACCGCCUCCGACGUGUCCGUCCGCUCUAUUUUCAGAGAUUUUGAUGGAGAAUGGGCCUGCCUUGGCCCAAAACCUGCGGCGUUCGAGGACGAGUGGAAAUACUACAUCGUCCUGGGAGAGGCGAAGGCGAAGCUCCCAGCGCACCUGAAAGUUGGGCGUCGCUGA